AUGGACGCUUCUAGAGUUUCAUCGGCGAAGUGGAGAGCAAAUAAUUGGUCGUUGGACGAGCGGCGCGGAUUUAUCGACUUUGCUUCUAUACGACUUAUAGCUAUUUUUGCCCACAACUCCGCUUACGCAAGUCAUAGAUUUCAAGUGAAGAUAGUUCUAGUUAUUCUAUUCAUUGCCACAACGACGAUAAAAUGUACAAUUGCUAGCCGCCAACUACGUCGCUACGAUGCUGCUACGCUGCUACGCUGCUACGAUGCUACGACGCUACGCUGCUACGGCAGAGCUAUAAGUAGUAAUGACUGUUAUCGACGAGAACGAGGGGCCACGCGCCAGCGCUGGUUGCUAACGAGCGCCGCCGGCCAACUCCGCCGGAUACGAUGUGCUAAACUGUCAUUUGCUCACGAC